AUGGCGAUCUUCUGUGUUGGUGAUUCAUAUAUGGGUGAGGAGGAUGUUUGUGACAUAAUAGCUACAAAGAUUUUUAGGUUCAUGAAAGAGGAUUUACCUGGAUUGAUCAACACUAUUAUUAAGGAGUUGGUUGUAGUGAUGGAUGAGCACCUUAGGAUUUUACAGGCUGAGUUAGAGGGUGGUUGGCCAUGUGGUCGUAGAGUCAAUUUCAAGGAGUUUGAUGCUUGUGUACCUCUUCGUUUCUUUCCGAGUAAGGAGUCGAUCAUCAAUAUGUGUUGGAUCGCCAAUGUGGAGAGUGCCCUUUGUGCUAGCUUCUGUCCGACAUAG